UCUGUGACCCUCAAGAUGUUUACUAUCUGGGUGCUCGCGGUCGCUCUUGGAGCUGUGGUUGCUGAUGUCAACCAAGGCUACCAAUACAAAGCGCCGUCGUUCGGCUUGCCUACAUAUCAAUUAGGAAGCGGUCAAUACAACAGCGGGCUGUCCGGCUCUGGCUACCAGUCAGGCUCCAGCUACUCGAGUGGCUCGAACUCCUACAGCUCCGGAGGCAGCGGCUCUUUGGGUGGCAUCGGUAGUGGCUACCAGAACGGCUACGCCCUCGGCUCCAACUCUGGAAAAUACGAUGCAGGCAAUGCCGCAACCUUGUCUACCAUUGGAGCUAGCUCUUCUGGAACCGGAUACCAAUCCGGUUCUGGUUAUGUUCAAGGCUCGUCCAACAGCGGCAAAUACAGCUCAAGCAGCUCCUCAUCUGGUUUAGGAUCUGGUGCAUUAAACAAUCGCUACCAGUCAGGAGCUUACCUUACCGGAAAUCGUUUCGGAUCAUCUGGAGGCAGCAAAUAUGCCUUUGGAUCAAACUCCGGCCAGUACAACUCUGGUUAUAACAACAAUGGUGCAUCACAAAGUGGUUCUGGAUAUAACGUUUUCGGUUCCGGCUCAAACAGUGGAUCCAACUACGACACUGGAUCAGGAUUGAAUUCCGGUUAUUACAAUGGUGCACAAAGUGGUUCAAAUUACAACGUUUUAGGAAAUGUACCCGGAGCUGUCAGCAGUGUGGGAUCUUCAGAUCAUCAACUAACUGAAUAUCAAUCUACUUUCCAAAGUACAUCUGACACGAGUGCUUUAGACAAUGUUGGUAGUCACUAUGAAGCUGCAAGUAAAUACCAACAUCAACAAUCGACAGGCGUGAAAAACGAAUAUUACAUCCAAAAUUCGAACCAACCAACACAAGUGUUUAAGCACUUUUACGUAUGGUCAGCACCCGAGGAACCAGAAAUUGUCCAACGUAAACCUAUUGUGCUGCCACCACCACAAAAACACUACAAGAUCAUUUUCGUCAAGGCCCCAACACAACCCGCUCCAGCUCCACAAAUUAUCACAGUGCCAGAACAGAAGGAAGAGAAAACUAUUGUAUACGUAUUGGUUAAGAAACCAGAAGAUGCUAAGAACAUUGCUCUUCCUCAAUUCGAAUCAAAGGCACCAUCCAAACCUGAAGUAUUCUUCGUUAAAUACAACGACAAGGCCGAGUCUCAAGCUCUUAUUGAUAACAUUGUUAGUGAUUAUAACAAGGGUGGUAUAAAAGCCUCCUUUGAAAACUUCAACGUAGGUUCCGGUCAAGGAUCCCCGUACACCAUCGUAGGCUCGUCUAACCAGGGUAUUGAUGAAUCCAGCUCUGGAUCACUUGACUCCUUGAUCGGAUCGUCCCAGUCAUCCGAAAGCAGCUCAUCAAACUCAGGUGCAGUAUCCUCUUCUUUUGGAGAUAAAUUUUCAUCAGUAAGUGAAUCGCCAUCAGCUGUCAGUCUUCAAUCAAACUCAAAUAAAGGAUCCGGGUUAAUAACUGUAAACAAGCUAUCCUCUAAUAAUAUUGGGUCUGGUAUUGGUUCUGCUUCUAGCUUUGGAUCUUCAUUGUAUAAUAAAGAAUCUUCCGUAAUCAGUGUAAUACCUAGCUCAAGCAUUUCAACUGUAGCUAGCGUCGUCAGCUCUAGUGAGGACGAAGAAGAUCAAGAGAAGAUUAACAACAGAUUUGGCGCAGAAUCAAACACUAAUGAAAAUGAUUCCAAAAUUUCAAGCAGUUCCUCUGAAGCUAGUUCAGGAAGUGAUGUAGAAUCCAGCACAACAAGUGGUUUAGAAUCUAGCGCAGGAAAUGUUUUAGAAUCUAACAAAGCAAGUGGUCUAGAAUCUAACUCAGGAUCCUCAUAUGCAUCGGACUCCAAGAGUGGUUCUAGCUCCGCGUCAAGCAGCGAAGACUCAAGCUCGUCCUUUGUUUCAGGUUCAAGCUCAGGAUUAGGAUCAAGUUCAGGUGCUUCCUUUGGGUUAAACAGCGGAACUGGAUCAAUCAGCAGUGAGAGCGCAAAUCAAGGCAGUAACUUCGGCUCUGGUUAUUACACUGCUCAACCCGCUGUAUCUUUCGGCGUCAACAGCGGUUCUGGAUUAAGUAACCUUGGAUCAUCAUCAGGAUCCAACAAAUACUCAUCAUCAUCAAGCUUUAGCUCUGGAAGUGGAUUAUCUGGCGGUGGAUCAUACAAAUCUGACUCUUCUGAAACAAAGAGUUCAUCCUACUAUAACACAAAGCCUCUUGUCUACUCUGGUUCUUCAUUAGGUUCAGGCAACAGCUUUGGAACAUCUAAAUAUUCUUUCGGCAGCAGUGGUCAAGGCACUGGUUCUUCCUACUACACGCCAAAGCCAAGCGUAAGCUUCGGUACUUACACUGGUAGCCUUGGAUCUGGAUUAGCUUCAAACAGAUUUGGCUCAACAGUCUCCUCUUUCGGAUCUGGAAGCGGUGUUUCUGGUUCAAACGGUUUAUCAUCUGUCAGCGGAUCCUCCUUAGCCGAUUUAUACGAACCAACUACAGUGAGCAACUUAUCUGCCAACCAAGCUGGAUCAAGUUUAGUCUCUACUAGUCAAGGUGUUCCCCACGAAACUUACGGAACACCUCAGUUCAAAGUAUUGUAAAUUUAACGCUAUGUAACGACGACUGUUACUUUUAAUUUUGGAUGCAAA